AUGACGAGCCUGCAGAGCAGCAUUUGGAUCAAGGUGGGCGCCUACAACGCCAUCGGCCUGAUCUUUUACCUGCUCUUCUCCCUGCCCAUGAGCUACAUCAAGCACUACAAGCUGGACUUCACCAACACCGAGCUGCUCAAUGUGGUGGACAUGCAGUUUGUGGACGGCAAGUGGGAGGCGGCGGCCUCCAACAUCGACCGCGUGGGCACAGCGGUCACGACCCUGUCGCUGGCCGACUCCUCCGACCCCCAGCGGAGCCUGAAGGUCUACGGGUACCCGGGGGCGAGCGGGUCGCUGGCCUCCAACACCCCUGCCCUCCUGCGCGGGAACCUGCGCAAGGUGUUCAGCGGCUUCGACCUGCUCAUGCUGGGCCUGGGCAUCACCAUCGGUGGGGGCGUCUGGCGCCUCACAGGCCACGCCGCCAGCUCCUUGGCAGGGCCGUCCAUCAUCGUCUCCUACCUACUGGCGGGCAUGGCCUGCACCUUUGCUGCCGCUUGCUACGGGGAGCUUGUUGUGGAGUACCCCGUCGCCGGCGGCGCCUUCACCUACAUCAUGGUGUCCUUUGGCGAGUUCCCCGCCUGGAUGACGGUGAGCAACCAGAUCACGGAGUACCUCUUUGGCAUGGCCGUGGUGGCCCGCUCCUUCUCCGGCUACCUGGCCAACCUGUGCGGCGCCGACUCCACGCUCUUCACGCUGGGCGGCAGCCGCGUCCCCGGCGCCUGGUCCGUGGACUUGAUGGCCCUGGCAGUCAUCCUGGCCGUCACCGCCCUCCUCUGCGUCUCCGGCCACUCCGGAUCCAAGUUCAUAUCCUGUGCCACCGUGCUGAAACUGGGCUUCAUCGUCCUCAUCCUCAUCGUGGGCUUCACCAAGGCCGACCCCGCCAACCUCUCCCCCUUCCUCCUGGACGACAGCGUCAACGGCAUCUUCACCGCAGCCGCCGUCUUCAUGUACGCCAUGACCGGGUUUGACUCCGUCUCCAACGCUGCGGAGGAGGCCAAGGACAUCGGGUCGCUGCCAUGGGCCAUGGUGGGCACCACCCUCAUCGCCACCGUGGUCUACAUGCUGCUGGCCCUCAUGCUGUGCCUGCUGCAGCCCUACACGCAGAUCAACCGCCUGGACGGCUUCACCAACGCCUUUGUCUACGUCGGGCUGGACUACAUGCAAUACAUCGUCGCCACGGCGGCGGUGCUGGGCUGCAUCACGGGGCUGAUGGUGGGCCUGUAUGCCAUCUCCCGUCUGGUCAUGGUGGUGGCGAGAGACUGGAUGCUGCCCCCCUUCCUGGCCCGCGUGUCAACCCGCACCCAGACCCCCCUGGUCGCCCAGAUCGUGCUGGGGCUGAUCAUCGGCACCAUCGCGUUGCUGGUGCCCGCCGACUUCCUGGGCGACCUCGUCUCCUUCGGCCAGCUCUUCUCCAUGUGGUCCGUGGUGAAUGCCCAGGUUUUCCGCCGCUACUACCCCGAGAUCAAGCUACGCUUCACGCGCUUCGGGGCCGUGGAGACCGCGAACGCCAAGGUGGAGUCCAUGGCGCUGGGGGGCUUGGCGACCUGGUACACGGUGAUGGAGCGCAACAAGCAGCACAACAUGGAGGUCAUCGGGUGCUCCGUCUUUGCGGCGCUCUUCUUCCUCGUCACCCUCUCCAUGAAGCUGCUCUGCCCCAUCCAAUACGAGCCCCAGCGCUUCCACAUCCCCUCCUUCCUCAUGCCCUGGCUUCCUGCCGGGGCCAUAGGCCUCAUCCUGUUUGGCAUGGCAAGCAUCAGCCCUUCUGGGUACUACAAGAUAGGCGCGUACAACCUCUUGGUCUUCCUCUUCUAUUUCCUGUUCUCGCUGCCCAUGAGCUACAUCAAGCACUACAAGCUCGACUUUGUCAACACCGAACAAAUGAAGUGA